AUGGAUAAUGUGCCUCGAGAAAGUCGAUUACUUGUGUAUAGGUUGUGCGUUGUUUGGGGUCUUGUUAUUGGAUGUUGGGCUGUACUUCAGGUAACGGUACCUCUUAUAUUAAAAGAUAUUGUUGGAAAGUCAAUUGCACCUACAUGGCAAGGUGUUUUUACAGCGACAACUGCUUUGGUUGGUAUGUUGGGUUGCGGAAUUACUGGUCAUUACUCUGAUCAUUUGGGAAGGUUGGAGUUUUUAACUCCAUGGAUCUUUUUCUUUUUUCUUUCUUCCCUUUUUGUUCUGUACGGUGAUAUGGCUCGUGUAAUAUAUCCUUUGUGGUUUGCCCGUUUUGCCGCACUAUCUAUUCCCGCUACCGUUUUACAGGCUUUUAUUUCGGAUUAUAUGGGUGGGCACGCAUUGUUAGAGUCAUUUAGUUACGUUGGUGCUACAUUUGGUAUAUCUAUGUUAUCUUCGUCACUUUUGUGUGGUCUUAUCAGUUGGUAUUUCUCACGUUUCGCUACACUAAUGUUCGCCACUAUUCUCUCUGGAUCUGCAUUCCUCCUUGUUUUGGCUACCAAAUUACCGAGUGGUUCACGUACAGUCACUCCUUUAGUGGAUUCAAAGUCUGAUGAGUCAACUGCAUUACGUUCCUCAGGAGGAGUUAAAAAUAGUCUUCGUAUCAUAUAUAGAGAUACUUUGCUUAGAAACCUUAUUAUUGCACUUUCUAUUCUUCGUGUUGGUAAUGUAAAUACACAUAUGAUGAUUGUUCUUUUUGUGGAUUUUAGGCUUGGAUGGGGACUACCGCAAGUAAGUGUAAUGACAGGUAUUUCUGCAUUUUUGUCAGUUUUUUUUCAGUUAAUUGGAGUUAGAUUUGUUAUUUCGAGUAAUAUCGUGCUUCCUGUUUUAUUUAUAACAUUAGCGAUCGUACCUGUGGUAGCGAUGGGAUAUGCACUUGCAAUGACUGGAUUUCAAUUAUAUGUUGUUACCUUUCUAGGUUCAAUCACAACAAUAGCCACUACUAUUUUUAAUGCUAAAAUAGCAGCCCUUGCCUCAGAUAGUGGUGUUGCUGGUUUAGCCCUUGGGUGUGUAGGCACUUUGCAGAAUUUAUUAGAAAUUGGGGCUUCUCUUUUUCUAGGAAGACUGAUGUCCUGGUCUUUUUCCAAUCGCUCUCCCACAAGUGUGAUGAGUGGUCUUCCAUUUCUUGUCAAUGGUGCGUUACUCACAUCUGUGGUGGUGAUUGUCGUGUACUCCCACAAGCGUCAUGGUAUAGGGCGAACAAUGUGGGAGGAAAUUACAUCAUCUACAUGA